AUGGGGAAUUCUGGGAAAAGAACUGCAUCUUUUUUGUUUGUUCUUUCUCUAUUAACCCUCAAGGUGACCGGAAGAUUGUUACAACAGUACAGUUCAUCUGAGUUCGUUUCUGAUGGCGUCGAUCGUGUUCAAGACGACGAACCCUCUUUUCUACUCCUCAGAGGAAUGGAUUUUUCGUCGGAGCAGGAUCGGUGCGAGCAAAUGUACGGGUUCUUGCCGUGCUCAUACAGUCUUAUGGGUCAUCUCUUCCUCAUAGUUGUGUAUGAAUACCUGUUAUUUCAUGGAGAGUCCUAUGUGAUUACUGGAGGAGAGAGAAUAUUCAAGAUUCUUGGUCCUGGUGUGUUUGGUGCAAGUGCAUUCCAGAUCCUUGGUGCCCUUCCUGAGUCCUUAAUUCUUCUUGCAUCUGGACUUGUGGACAAAGGAGAGGGUCCUCAAGAGUACGUGCAAACCGCAGUUGGGUUGCUAGCCGGAACAACAAUCUUGCUUCUCACACUACUUUGGGGAACUUGUGUCAUCCUUGGCAGUCAAGAUUUUCCAACCACAUCAAAUGUUGGAGAAAAUCAUCUGCACAAACAAUCAUCACUAUUGACUGGUUCACUCUCAUUCUCUCUCCUUCUUCAUUUAUUGUAUAUAUGUCAGCUUUGA